AUGCGUCGUCCCAAGAAGCCCGUCAUCGCGGUCGCCGGCGCAACAGGCACCAUCGGCCAGCGCAUCGUCCGCGCCCUCAUCACCCGCCCCUUCAUCACCCACUUCUCCGAGAUCGUCCUCCUCUCCCGCAGCGACUCGCAGCCCUCCUUCCCCAUCGCCGUCUUCCCCGCCGAGAUCCAGCUCACAAUGCGCCGCUACGACGACUUCGACCUCGCCGACUCCCUCGCCGACGUCGACGUCCUCGUCAACGCCAUCGGCCCCGGCCCCGCCGCCCACGCCUUCAAAGACAACCUCCUGCGCGCCCUCCCGGACACCCCCGUCCGCCUCUACUUCCCCUCCGAAUUCGGCGUCGACCACCGCGCCCACAACUUCCGCCACCGCGACUGGGACCGCAAAAAGGCCCACUGCCGCCUCGCCGCGGAACUCCUCCCCUCCCUCCGCAUCUGCCGCGUCUUCGGCGGCCUCGUCCUCGAACGAAGCGUUGGCCCUGCGCUAGGCCUCGACGCCGCCCACGCCCGCUUCCAAUGCGUCGGCUCGGCCUACGCCCCUGUAUCUUUCACCUCCCUAGCAGACAUAGGCCGCACCGUCGCCUCCCUCGCCCUCCGCCCCCCCGAAAACGUCCCCGACGCGGUCCACGUCGCAGGCGACACCCUCAGCGUGGCGGAUAUAGCAGGGGUCAUGAAAUCCGCCGGCGCGGGCUCCAUCUCCGUCUCUGAGAUCGAUCUCAAGCGGUACAGGGCCGUCACGGCGGCGACUAAGUCCGCCGAGGACCCCGGGCCGUUUCUGCGCUUCUUGAUGGGCGAGGGGAGCGUCGAUCACUCGGCUUGGAGUAUGGGGUGCGAUAAUGAGAUGGUGAACCCUGGGGAGACGCUGUGGCGGUGGAAGCGGAUGGUGGAUUUGGCGGGCGAGACGAAGGGGGUUCCUUAUCGGGUGGGGUGGAAUUGUUGA